UGCUUAUAACUUUGACAGCGAUAGACAUAACAUAACCAUACACUACAUUGUGAAAUUGCGAAUAAACAAAAAUUGAAACGAAGUAUUAAAGUGGGCAUUUUCCAUACGGUCAACAUGUUAAAACUACCAAAUAUAUUAAGAUUCAGCCGAUAUGCCAGAGGCAUAUUUUGCAGACAGCAAAGCACAACGUCUCCAAAUCAAAAAGUCAAGGAAUCACAAUUUAGUGCUGAAAAUUUUCAAGAUUUCACGACGAGACGCCAAGCAGAGGCAUUAAGAUCGGUAAUGCUGGAAGUAAACACAACGGAUAUUUGUGGCCAAGUCUAUCAUCAUUGCAAACAAUUCGGUGAAAUAAAGAAUGCAUUUGUCUACACACUGAAGAAUGAACGGAACUUGAUGUUGAUCGAAUACGACAAUGUGGAUGCGGUGAGUGAAACAUUCAAAUUCAGCGGCUUUCAGCCAAACACCGUAAAGUGGCCGAAUAGAGUUUUGACAGUGCGCAAUUCGAAAUUGAAUUCAUCUCUGCCAAAAGAGGCACCGCUUCGAAUUGACAGUGCUGUCGAACCACCGAUUGCCGAUAUUCUUCGGAAUGCUGCCAACUUUGAUGAACAAGUGAACCUUUUGUACGAGCACACACGACUCACCGAUCUAUCGAUUCGACUGAAGUUCAUCUCGGCCCUGCAGGCUCAGGUUAUCAUCAAUGAAUAUUUGGACGAAAUCUUUCCGAAUGCAAAAGUCUACCCAUUUGGUUCGACCGUGAACGGUUUUGGGAAAAUGGGCUGUGAUCUCGAUAUGGCUCUUCGUUUCGACCGACAAACCGACAAUUCGGAAGACAAUAAUCACAUGCCAUUGGCAUUUCAAGGGAAAGAUUAUGCAAAUGCUGAAGAUGUCAAGAAGUUGGAAGGACGCCAAGUCAAGUGUAUCGCUUCAUUGAUUGAUUACUUUUUACCUGGAACCGAUGCAGUAUCCGCUUUCCAUGGUGCCCGUGUUCCCAUCGUUCGAUACUUUGACACAAAUAUUCACAGCAGCGUGGAUUUGUCUGUCAACAAUUUAGAUGGAUUCCAUAUUUCAGAACUAAUGUACGCAAUGGGUUUGCUUGAUGCACGAAUUCGACCAUUCAUAUUUAUGGUUCGUCGUUGGGCAAAAGAAUUUGAAAUAACAAGAUACAAUGCCAGAGACAACUUUACCAACUUCCAAUUGUCGUACAUGUGCUUAAGUUUUCUGCAACAGUUGAAAGAGCCGCUUGUGCCCACAUUCGAUGACAUGAUGCACCAAAUCGGAAAUAGCGAAGCGAAAAGUGCCGGAAGCAUCGUGAAAAAUUCAUUCAUUUUCAACUUUGAACGUUUCCAAUUCAAAACCAAGAACACAAGCACAGUACUUGAGCUGUUUGCACAGUUUUUAGAAUAUUACCAGUCAUUUGAUUUCGAGAAAUACCUGAUCACAGUGAGAUCAACCGAAAAGAUACAAAAGCCAGAACCAUCUCCACUGUAUUUGGAAAAUGUAUUCGAUACGACAAGCUUUUGGGGAGGCAAUGUCAGCGAUGCGGAAUGUUCCACAUUAAAAAUCAUGAUCCGGGAAACGUUAAUGGAGCUCGAACAGUGCUCAUCAAAACCGACUGACAAAGACAAAGAUUGGGGACUGUUAGAAAUCAUUUCCAAAUUGAAAUAAAUUUGGAUUCACUCUAGAGACAAAUUUAAAUGUAUAUAUUUUUAAACUUUCGAUUAAAACGUUUUGACUUUAUGUAGCUUAAA